GCACCCGGAAGGCGGAGCGCCGCUCCCCGCCGGCCUCUCUGUGGUUCCUGGAGAUCUAUGGCGCUGGCGGCAGCGCUGAAGGGCGCCCGGGCGUCCUCCGCGGGCGGGCGGCUCCUGCGGGGCCUCUCCGGCUCGGCGACGCUUCUGCAGAGGCCGGCCCAGGCGGAGCGGGCCUUCCCGGUGACGCUGCUGCCGGGGGACGGCGUGGGACCGGAGCUGAUGCACUCCGUCAAGGAGGUCUUCAAGGUGGCGGGUGUGCCGGUGCAGUUCGACGAGCACCACCUGAGCGAGGUGCAGAACAUGGCCUCGGAGGAGAUCCUGGACCAGGUGCUGGAGUCCAUGGAGAAGAGCAAGGUGGCCCUCAUAGGGAAGAUCCACACCCCCAUGGAGUACAAAGGGGAGCUGGCCUCCUACGACAUGAGGCUCAGGCGCAAGCUUGACCUCUUUGCCAACGUGGUUCACAUCAGCAGCCUGCCUGGCUAUAAAACUCGGCACAACAACUUGGACCUGGUGAUCAUCCGUGAGCAGACGGAGGGCGAGUAUAGCUCCCUGGAGCACGAGAGCGCAAAGGGAGUCAUUGAGUGCAUGAAGAUCAUCACGCGGGCCAAAUCCCAGCGCAUCGCCAAGUUUGCCUUUGACUUUGCCACCAAGAAGGGGAGGAACAAAGUCACUGCGGUACACAAGGCCAACAUCAUGAAGCUGGGGGACGGGCUCUUCCUUCGCUGCUGCGAGGAGGUGGCUGAGCUGUAUCCCAGGAUCACCUUCGAGACCAUGAUCAUAGACAACUGCUGCAUGCAGCUGGUGCAGAACCCUUACCAGUUUGACGUCCUGGUCAUGCCCAACUUGUACGGCAACAUCAUCGACAACCUGGCAGCCGGCCUGGUGGGCGGGGCCGGUGUGGUCCCGGGGGAGAGCUACAGCGCGGACUUUGCCGUGUUCGAGAUGGGUGCCCGCCACCCCUUUGCCCAGGCGGUCGGGAGGAACAUCGCCAACCCCACGGCUAUGCUGCUCUCCUCGGCAAACAUGCUGCGGCAUCUGAACCUGGAGCACCACUCCACCAUGAUUUCCGAUGCGGUGAAGAAGGUGAUCAAAGUGGGCAAGGUGCGGACACAGGACAUGGGCGGUUAUUCCACCACCUCGGACUUCAUCAAGUCUGUGAUUGACCACCUCCACCCCCACUACGGGGUCUAGGCUCAGGCUGCCCCUGGCCCUCCCCUGCCCUCAGCAGCCUUGGCCCUCCCCGGCAGCCUCUCUCAGCCCCAGAUUGCUGGGGAAGAAAAUGCCUUCCUCCUCCUCCUCUUCCUCCUGCCUCUUGAGUCGCUCCAGGACCUCCAAAGGUCUGGUCUGCUCCAGCUGGAAGGGAUGGGGGAGCCCUGCCCGGAGCCUUCUGCAGUGGGGUGUCCCCUUGGAAAGCGACCUCUGGGGCAGAAAGUGGGUGUGUCAAGGGAUGGGAGGGUGCCCCCCGGAGGGCUCUUGGAGGAGAGCUGGCUGGGGAGCAUGGGCCUUGUGGUGUCCAUUGGGCCCCCUUCAGUCCUGCGGAAGACCACCAGGACUUCUGGGAAGAACCUGCCAGGGCUCGUGGGGUGAUGGGGAGAGAGAUUGCCAGGCGGGCCCUCCUGGUACUGGCGGUGAGUGGGCCUCAGGAGUCCCCCUUGGGUGUGACGUGUAACCUGUCCUGUGUCUGAAUAAAAGGGAUUUUUUUA